CCCCUCCCGCCCCCCGGGCCGCGGGGCUGUUCUGAUUGGACAUGGCUGCGCCCGGCCGGCCAAUGGUGAGGCGGCGGCAGCUUCCCGGAAGUGGCGGCGCGGCCGACGGCGGCUGGGGCUUCCGUUGCUCUCUAGGCAGGCGACCAGUCUGGCCGGGUUGGCGGACGCAAUGAGCUGCUUCGAGGGGCAGAUGGUCGAGUAUCCAACCAUCUCCAUAGACCGCUUCGACCGGGAGAACCUGAGGGCCCGCGCCUACUUCCUAUCCCACUGCCACAAAGAUCACAUGAAAGGAUUAAGAGCCCCUACCUUGCAAAGAAGGUUGGAGUGCAGCUUGAAGGUUUACUUAUACUGUUCGCCUGUUACUAAAGAGCUGUUGUUAACGAGCCCGAGGUACAGAUUUUGGGAGAAACGAAUUAUAUCCAUUGAAAUUGAAACUCCUACCCAGAUAUCUUUAGUCGAUGAAGCAUCAGGAGAGAGGGAAGAGAUUGUUGUGACUCUCUUACCAGCUGGUCAUUGCCCAGGAUCAGUUAUGUUUUUAUUUCAGGGCAACAAUGGGACUGUCUUGUACACGGGAGACUUCAGAUUGGCAAAAGGAGAAGCUGCCAGAAUGGAGCUUCUGCACUCCGGGGGCAGAGUGAAAGACAUCCAGAGCGUGUACUUAGACACAACUUUCUGCGAUCCGAAAUAUUACCAAAUUCCUAGUCGGGAGGAGUGUCUGCGUGGGAUCCUGGAGCUGGUUCGCAGCUGGAUCUCUCGGAGUCCGCACCACGUAGCGUGGCUCAGCUGCAAGGCCGCCUACGGGUACGAGUAUCUCUUCACCAACCUCAGCGAGGAGUUCGGCGUCCAGGUUCACGUGGAUAAACUAGACAUGUUUCGAAACAUGCCUGACAUUCUUCAUCAUCUCACAACAGACCGUGACACUCAGAUCCAUGCAUGUCGGCAUCCAAAGGCAGAGGAGUAUUUUCAGUGGAGUAAGUUACCCUGUGGCAUUACCUCCAAAAAUAGAAUUCCACUCCACAUAAUCAGCAUUAAGCCAUCCACUAUGUGGUUUGGAGAAAGAGCCAGAAAAACCAACGUCAUUGUGAGGACUGGAGAGAGUUCGUACAGAGCCUGCUUUUCUUUUCACUCCUCCUACAGUGAGAUUAAAGAUUUCUUGAGCUACAUCUAUCCUGUGAAUGUAUAUCCAAAUGUCAUCCCGUUAGGCUCAACUAUGGGUAAAGUUCAAGAAAUCUUAAAGCCUUUAUGUCGAUCUUCCCGAAGUGCUGCGCCAAAGUAUAAACCGCUUGGAAAACUGAAGCGAGCAAGGACAAUCCACCUAAACUCGGAGGAGGACGAUGACAGUGACCUCUUCGACGAUCCUCUGCCAGUACCUUUAAGGCACAAGAUUCCAAACCAGCAAACGCUUCACCCUGAGGUACUUCCCACAACCGCGAUGUCACAAAACCAGCCUGAAAAACAGCGCGCAAGCGCGGGAUGCUUCGGCGCAGAGAGUACGCCGGCUCUCCUCUGGGCGGGCUUUAUAGAUUGCGAGGAAUCCAACAGCGAAAGUGAAGAGUCAGAGAUCCCCGCCUCAGCGCAAGGGGACACGGGCCCUGUCCCACAGCUCCGGAGGAGCGCUGACGGGGAAGCGCCACGCUGGGAAGUGUUCUUCAAGAGCAGCGCCGGCCUCACGGAUGGCCGUUUGGAAAGCCUCCCGUCCUCCACGGAGGCGGGGGGCUCCCAGUCUCCGAGGCUUUUCAGUGACUCCUCUGACGGGGAAUCCACUCACAUCUCCUCCCAGACGUCUUCUCAGUCAACACACAUAUCGGAGCAAGGAAGUCAAGGCUGGGACAGCCAGCCUGACACCGUUCUGUUAUCUUCCCAAGAGAGAAACGGGGCCAUGAGCCCCCCGCGCAGACGCGUCCACAGGCCAGGAGUCAAAGACAACCGCCCUCUUGCCCCUCAGGUGGAGCAAAAUGCACUCUGCCCAAAGGACGCACACUCUGAUUCGAAAAGCAGAGACCAGGGCGUAAGUACGGGUCCUAGUGCUGCAGAAAGAACCGCGCUCAGCGCUGGCGAGCGCACGCCUCCGGAGAAGAGGCCGCCAAGCCUCGGCGGCGGCGCAGAUUCACAAAGCUCCUCUGACUUUGAAAUUCCCGCCACGCCAGAAGCCGAGCCACCUACACAAGAGCACUUACAAUGUUUCUACGAGAAGUUGGCAACAGGGGAGAGGAUAGUAGUUGAAAACAGAAAAAGCUCACUUCAUUCUAGAGCAACCACCAAAAAACCUAUACCAAGAGAUAACAGUCCAGAUCCUAAUAGAUAAACUAAAAUGGAAUACUUAAAAAUGUUCCUAUAACCUAAAAGGCGGCAGUAAAGGGGAAACAGAGGACCAAAAAAUAGAGGGAAAACAAGAUAUGGGAGAACUAAAUCCAAACAUAUCAGUAAUUUCAUCAAAACAGAGGAAAAACCAUAAACCAACUAUAUAUCGUGUCUACAGGAAGCUGACUUCCAAAGACGUG